UCCUCCUCCUCAAACACAGAGAAGAGAACCAAUAUCGAUUCCCUCAUCCUCUGUUUCAGUCGAGAGAAAAACAGAGCAUGGAAUUGGCCACCAUCCUCUUCUCCGCCGUCCUCGCGGUCCUCGCCGCCUCCCUCCUCCGCUGCGCCCGCCGCCUCCUCGCCUCCGCUCGCCGGAGGCUCCCCCUCCCGCCGGGCACCCUCGGGUGGCCCUACCUCGGCGAGACCUUCCAGCUCUACUCCCAGGACCCCAACGUCUUCUUCGCCAAGAAACAGAGCAGGUACGGUUCGAUAUUCAAGACUCACAUACUGGGGUGCCCCUGCGUGAUGAUAUCGAGCCCGGAGGCGGCGAAGUUCGUCCUGGUGACGAAGUCGGACCUGUUCAAGCCCACAUUCCCGGCGAGCAAGGAGAGGAUGCUGGGCAAGCAGGCCAUCUUCUUCCACCAAGGGGACUACCACGGCAAGCUGCGGAAGCUCGUCCUCCGAGCCUUCAUGCCCGAGGCCAUCAGGAGCAGAGUCCCCGACAUCGAGUCGCUCGCCGUCGAUUCCCUCCAGUCCUGGGAAGGAAGAUUGGUCAACACUUUCCAAGAAAUGAAAACGUACGCGUUCAACGUCGCGCUACUUUCCAUUUUCGGAAAGGACGAGAUCAAGUACAGAGAGGAUCUCAAGAAGUGCUACUACGUGCUCGAGAAGGGGUACAAUUCAAUGCCCAUCAACCUCCCGGGCACCCUGUUCCACAAGUCCAUGAAGGCCAGGAAGGAGCUGGCUCAGAUCUUGGCCAAGAUCCUGGUCACUCGGCGGCAGAUGAAGCUCGACCACAACGACCUGCUCGGGUCCUUCAUGGGCGACAAGGAGGGCCUCACCGACGAGCAGAUCGCUGACAACAUCAUCGGCGUCAUCUUCGCUGCCCGCGACACCACCGCCAGCGUCCUGACCUGGAUCGUCAAGUACCUCGGCGAGAACCCGAGCAUCCUCGAGGCCGUCACGGAGGAGCAAGAAGCCAUAAAGAGCAACAAAGAAAAGAGCGGUGAAGAGAACGUUUUGACUUGGGCAGACACCAAGAACAUGCCGAUGACUUCAAGGGUCAUCCAAGAGACACUCAGAGUCGCCUCCAUUCUAUCUUUCACCUUCAGAGAAGCUGUUGAGGAUGUUGAAUAUGAUGGGUAUCUCAUACCAAAGGGCUGGAAAGUCUUGCCCCUCUUCAGGAACAUUCACCACAGCCCGGAAAACUUCCCAGAGCCUGAGAAAUUUGACCCCUCUAGAUUCGAGGUUGCUCCAAAACCCAACACCUUCUUGCCAUUUGGAAAUGGAAUCCACUCAUGCCCAGGGAAUGAGUUGGCCAAAUUGGAGAUUUUGGUGCUUCUCCAUCAUCUGACCACCAAGUACAGGUGGUGUAUAAUGGGUUCACAGAAUGGAAUUCAGUAUGGGCCAUUUGCUCUUCCCCAGAAUGGAUUGCCCAUCAGAUUAUAUCAGAAGUCGUGAAAAGAGAAAAAAAAAAACAGUACAUGAAAAUAUUGCUCCAGAAAAAUAAUCCAAUGCAUAAUAUUCAAGCAAUGGGAAAACAAUCUACUUGCCAGAAAAGGAUCACUUGGCAGUGAAGAUAAUAAGGAGAGACAAGCCAAAGUCUUCCUACAAGAAGAGAUCAAUUCCUCUGUUCUUUUUCGGUCAAGACAAGCUCAGAGAGACGGAGAGAGAGAGGGGAAGAUUCAGAUCAACAAGUCUCAUCCCAGAUGGGAGUCAAACUGUACAGAAGAGUGAGUGAAUAGGUCAAGAGUAAAAGGAAAAAAUCUCAAAAGUCCAACCAUAUCAUGCUCAAUUUUUUCUUCAUAGGAUAGGAAAUAGAUUCCCUCGGAAUGGUGGGAUCAAUUUAAUCUAAGCGGUCGUUUUCGCAAUUUUUUUCGCUAGUUUUGUCACUGCCUACAAAUGAUGAAGUCCGCAAGGCAUUCAUGAAAAAUAUUUAAUGGAUUCUUGAUACAGAUGACUCUCUC